AUGGUGAAGAAAAGAGGGCCGCCAGCCUGGAUUUUCGUUAUAUGGUUUCCUCUUAUAACAGCAUUUACAGCUUAUUGGCUUUACCAUAUUUGGACAGUGCAAAAUAAAGUCCCUCAUUACAUAACAUUAACAUUAGAAAUUAGUUUUGGGUCUCCCCUAUUGGCAACUCAGUCAUCAAGGACCCGAAGGGUUCACCUGCUUUGCGGUGUAGUCCAAAACAUACCAUAAAGGUGUGCCAUCAGGGCAUACGCCUACUCCUUCCCACAGCGAACUGCGGCUCAAGUGUUGAGUGGGCGGGCUUGGACUUCUGCGGCUUGCUGUUUGAGUACGAGGUUGUCCACUCAAAAAUCCAAAAAAAUGGAAUUUCUGGUGUCCUUUCAGCAAAAGGGAAAAGUUCGUAGCCUGGGGCGUAACUCCAGUUUCACACUAGGCAGUUGCCCGAUUGGUCUAGGUAUUACCUGUAGACUUAGCUGGGCUUGCCCUUUCCAACUCCGAACCUUCCCUUCCCUCGAGGUAAAAUCUAACCCCAAAGUGGACUGAGGGCUAGGUUCUGAACACAACCAGAAUUGCUUACCUAGCAUUGCUGUUUUUUUAGGAUUAGCAAAACCUUGCGGAUAUAAUUAAAAUAUAAAGGCCCUCAUUACAUCUGGAAUAAUAAAGAUCCAUUAUAUCUAGCAAUCACUUGCAGUGCUGUGAGCACUGUUUUUAUAUUUCUUCAGGUUCAAACCGUAGCUACCCAAAGGCUAUUCACAAAGGCAGGAGAUACAAUCUACGGGGAAGAAAGCGAUUUCUUGAAGCUUUCUAAAAAUGUCUUGCAAAAUACCCUUGAACAAUCAUUUUUGUUCAUAAUUAAUUUGCUUGCUGCCGCAGUUAAUGGACUUCCCAAUGAAAGGAUUGUUUUAGUGACAAUGACAUUUAUUUUAGCAAGAAUUUUGUUUUGGUGCGGAUAUGUUGUAGGUGUUUAUAUAAAAUUCUUCCCAUUAAGGGGACCUGGGUUUCUGCUUACAUUCUCCAACAAUGUAUUGCUUUUGCUAUUUAAUGUUCUAGCAUUUAUUAGAUAA